GACGUGUUUGCACUGGGCAUGUAAACGGAACCACGCUCCGGUGGUGGCUUACCUGCUGCGCGCCGGAGCCGACAAGGAGAUCCUCACCAAGAAGGGAGAAAGGCCGGCGCAGUUAACGUCCAAGAGGGAGAUACGGAUGAUGUUGGGAGUGGAAGAUGAUGAACUCCCAGACUUAAAGAAAGAUUCAGAUCUGCCAAUCAUCCCCAAUUAUCUGGCCAACCCACCGUUCCCUUACGUUUAUCACACCCCGAGUAACAGCGUUCCGGAUCCCUCCGUGAACGGGAGUAUCUCACCCUCAGAACCGCGAGGUCCCGACCCCUCCUCGCCCGACGUGGAGCCAUGCGCGCCAGCACAGCGCGGGACUGCUGCUCCCGAGGGCAGCCUGCCGUCCCUGCCCAGAGGCUGUCCCGCUCCACCGUGCUCCAAACCAGUCCUUCCCAGAGCUCCGCUUUACCAGGGAGCCGUGCCUUGGAGCAGAAGCCCUCCGUCGCCAGCUGGCUCACACCAGCCUCAGCAAGAGAACGGCUCCUCUAUGGGGCCCGUGCCAGCAUUUCAGCCAGUUUUCUUCACAGGAGCUUUUCCACUUAAUUUGCAAGAACUGGUGCUUAAAGUUAGAAUACAAAACCCUAAUCUGAGAGAAAAUGACUUCAUUGAAAUUGAACUGGACAGACAAGAACUGACCUACAAGGAGCUGCUCCGAGUGAGUUGCCGCGAGCUGGGUGUUAACCCUGACCACGUUCAGAAGAUCAGAAAAUUACCAAAUACAAUGUUGAGAAAG